ACAAAAAAACAAAACAAAACAAAAGUUUACAGACGUAACCAGCAAAACAUAUUUCUACCACCUACCUUUUUUUAUCAAUUUCACUCCACAUUCGUUUUGGUGCAAGAUUAUCUUCCAGUAGGAAAAAGGUUUGAAUAGAAGAUGCGCUCUGAGCCCCAAAGAAGGUUGGGUAAAACAUUAUCAUACUUAUUAGUCCAUACUCAGGAGUCCCACAUUUUGUUUGCCUUUUCAAAUGAGCAGAAAAAAUUACCUGCUAUUAUGAUCAAACAGAACGAAUAGUCUUGUACACUUCGGGCCGUGGGAAUGUUUCUUAAAUUUCCUUUGAAAUCUUAAGCUGCAGUCGUCUUUUGUCACUUUACAGACAUAAUCAAAAUUUGUGUAUGUUCCUUUUUUUUAAGUACCUUUGUUAUAUGAUAUAUUUACCAUACAGUAAGUCAGAACAAUCAUGCCGCUGUACACGGAUUCAGAUUCAGCACAGAUUGGGAUCACUACCAUACUAUCCAUUCUGGUCAGCACGAAUCUCAUUGGUAACACAAUCGUGGCUCUGGUUAUUAUUUUGUACCGGGAUAUGAGAACCCCCACGAACUUCCUACUUCUAAACUUGGCGGUGGCAGAUGCCAUGGUGGCCUCGUUCAUCGCGCCGCGCUUUAUUUUGAUUCACACCUUCGAACAUCCAGAUGGACAAGCAGGGACAUGGGUCUGCAGGCUUCUGACUGGGGGAAACCUUACUUGGACUGGUGGUGCUGCAUCAGUCUUUACACUUGUGGUAAUUGCGUUUGAACGAUAUUAUGCUGUGAUGUAUCCUUAUGGAAACAAAGGGAAACUUACGUACAAUAAACUAAAGGUCAUCAUUCCGUUAUCAUGGAUUGGUGCAGUUAUUCUCAACAUCCCUCUAUUCCUGACAAUAUAUUUUGACAAGAAAAAAAACUUCUGCAUGGAAUACUGGCCUCCAUCUGACUGGCUUCCCAAGGCAUAUAGCUCCACUUGGUUCUUUGUUGCUGGACUUAUCCCAAUACUGCUGAUGAUUAUGUUGUAUUCCAAAGUAGUAUAUGCGCUCUGGUUCAAAAAAGAGGAUGGCACUGUAGAAAACAUCACACAAAAUACCCGGCAGGGCGUGAUAAGGGUGACAAGACGUGUCACCAAAAUGGUACUUGUCGUGAGUGUAAUUUAUGGUAUAUGCUGGUUGCCAAACCUGAUUAUUUACGCCUUGAACUACUUCAGUCCUUCGCAGAACUAUGGAGAUGUUACUUACAUCACAAGUAUCGUUCUGGUCACGUGCAAUUCUACUGUGAAUCCUUUUAUUUACGUCUUCGUUAACCAGAGAUUUCGAAGUAAAGUCAAAAGUCUGCUAUGCUGCGGAAAGACCUGCAGAAACCGAAUUGGGGACUUCAGUGAGUCAACCAAUAAUACCAAUGAUCCCACUGACGCUGUCACACAACCUACCGUCGUAUCUACCAUGCGAAUCAAACCGUAAGCGAUAAGUCUAGUAUCCACUUCAGAUGGCAUGCAAAAGGAGGGACAAAAAUUGGUGCAAUAAGUUGAAUUCUGCCCGCAAAGAACAAGCGGGGACCGAGAUAGUAAAGAAAUUUAGAGUUAGAUUGGACUCAGUCCGUAGACCUCUCGUAGGCUCGCCUCGUUCGCCGUCUCGAAUCUCGCGGGAUCUGCCAUUCGCGUUGCAGGACUGUUAUGGGCCAGCUUGCAGUUUUAUCGUGAUCAGAAGAAACGAGUAUAGUCGCUCAAUUAAAAUAAAUGUAAUUGCAUUUGGCUCGCUGAUACGUCUCGUGGCCAUCUUGACAAUAACUUCGGUUCCUGUUUGCAGUUCAACUCGAGCCGUCGUUUGUAUUUACACUGUACAUGCCAAACCCUUAGGUAGCGUUGUCCACAUUAUACUACAAUAGUUUCGAGCAUAAAAGUGAGAAAAAUGAUGAAGCAUUAUUCUGGAACAACAGUGCAGAAAAAUAAAUAAAUAGGUAAAAAC